AUGGCGCCCAACUUCCUGUCUAAGUUCGUGAAGAGUUCGCCCUCGACUUCCUCCCAGCGAUCCCGCUCGCCCUCGCCGUCUCCUUCCCGCUCUCACUCCCGUCCCUCGUUCACGGUCGAGACUAGCGACCCGGCCCACUCCUCUCAUUCACGCCCGCGACGACAUACGACGGUCGGCAGCGCGACCCCGUCCUUUAACGGGAGCGUCGAGUCGUUCCCCAACGUAACCAUUGUUCCGCCCUCGCCGCACAGCACUUCGUACGGCUCCGAUAUCCCUGACGAGCCUCGGCGCCCCUCCAACCGCUCAGCAAACCGUGUGCCGUCUCUAACCAAUCUCACCCCGCGCAGUGGAACUACCGACGAUGAGGACAUGACCACCCCCACUCCAGCAACGACGCGCACCACCUUCGCUGAGCCGUUCGCUGACCGCUCCCUGGCCCAUUCGCGCUCAGCGGAGAACCUCCGGGGGAAAGCCCAGGCGGCGGUCAUGCUCUCCCCUACCUCCACCCAUCCCCGUUCUGCAACACUCUCAUAUGAGCAGCCCUACAACAAGUCUCAGGAGAGUCUAAAGAAUCCUCCUUCGAAAAAGUCGAGCAAGAGUAAACUGCGCAGCUCGUCCCGCCCGCGCAAGAAGCCGUCCGGCCGCCACGAUCGUUCUGCGUCGGCCUCGUCCAUGCCCAAUGUGACCGUCACCGAGGAUGGCGUACUCACCACAUCUCCCGUAUCUGACCACAUCCCACCGACACCUCCACGCUCGGCUCGCGUCCAGAACAACACAUAUCCCGGUCUUGGUCCCAGCCUGCUUGCCCCGGACAACUCAGAUGCGGUCUCCACAUAUUCCACUGGUAGCAAUGCAGCGUCAUCGAGGAAGAGACGGCCAUGGCAUAGGUCUGGUCACGAUGCGGACACUUCGCCAGCUGUGUCAACCUUGUCUCUCUCCCCUAAACGCAAGCACACCGGCAGUAGUCUCGCGUCGGCUAUUGCAGCAUCGGGCCUCUCCAUGGCGAACCAUGGUAUGAACAUGACACCCGUCGCCCCUCCGCUCCCUCCCACUCCCGGAACCUCGUCGAGCAUAUCCUCCCGGCGACCACGAAGCUCUUCCGAACACUCGCGGAAUGGCCGUUCUCGUCAACCGUCGCUGGUAGCAUAUCCAGCUAGCGACCUGUCUGACCGAGAGUCCUUUCAUUCCGGGCAGGAUUUACUCGGAGACGAAAGUGGAUUGGAGGAUGAUGACGACGACGACGAUUUGGAUCUGGACCCAGAUGACAUCCCCGUCACUGGCUUUGCGGUUGCGAGCAACAAACGCAAUCAAGACUUUCAUGAGCUCUUCCCCACUGUCCCAGAAGGGGACUAUCUUAUCGAGGACUAUGGAUGCGCUCUGCAACGCGAGAUCCUCAUUCAAGGGCGACUGUAUGUGUCUGAGAAUCAUAUAUGCUUCCACGCCAACAUCUUUGGCUGGAUCACUGAUCUCUGCAUUCCGAUGUACGAGGUCACUGCGCUGGAUAAGCGAAUGACAGCAUUUGUGAUUCCAAACGCCAUUCAGGUGACAACCUCCGGCGCAAAAUACACUUUUACCUCAUUCCUCUCACGUGAUACAACCUUUGAUGUGAUCUACAACGUCUGGCGGCUCGCACGACCAGAGGGUUCGUCUGUUGGCUCGCUGUUGCAGAGCCCAAGGGGUUCGAUCGAGGUUGCCAUCGAUUCGGACGGUGUGUCUAUGGGACUCCCGUCGGCGAGCUCAGUGGGCACGAAAAGUCAAGUCAAGAACAAGGUGACGCAGUGCCUUUGUGGCAAAAAUCGCGAGCAUUUCAAUGAGCUGGCGAUGGAGAGUAUUUUGCCUGGGACUCCAGAGAAGAUCUACAAUCUGAUGUUCACGAGCGGUUUCAUCAAGGAUUUCAUGACGCAUGAACAGAAGCUCACAGACCUUCAGAUCUCCGACUGGUUGCCUACGGCAGAGAAUCCCGGGCUGCUCUUCCGACAAAUGUCGUAUAUCAAGCCCCUCACCGCCAGCAUUGGGCCAAGACAAACCAAAUGCGAGCUGCGUGAUGAGACUGUGCAUUGCGACUUUGACGAAUACGUUGUUAUGCUUACCACGACGCGCACUCCGGACGUUCCGAGUGGUGGGGUGUUUGCUGUCAAGACGAAGACGUGCAUCACAUGGGCGAGCAAUGUUUCUACCAAGGUUGUCGUAACCACCCAAGUGGAUUGGACGGGACGCAGCUUCAUCAAAGGUCUUAUCGAAAAGUCGGCCAUUGACGGGCAAAAGCAAUACCACGUAGACCUUGACAAGUCUAUGCGGACAUACAUACACGAGCACCAGUCCGAGUUCAUCCCAGAGGGCGUAGAUGCGGCUGUCGUGGAGGAAGCUGCUGAGUCACACACAGUCGAGGCAUCCCCACGACCGAGUGUCGAACGGCCGUCACUUAGUGAAGACGAGUUGCGCAAGGCGCGAGAAUAUGAGCGUAACCAGCGCGGUUUACAAUGGGCAUACGAUACGUUUGAAGGGGCUCUCAAGGUCGCGAGGCACAGUACUGCCGGUUUGAUCGAGCUCCUCCGCGACGCAUGGGAUCAGUCAACCUCGACGGCCAUCCUGUACUUCGUGAUUGUUUUUCUGGUCAUAAGCAAUAUCUGGACGCUCGUAAUGGUUGGAAAGAGAGAGGAAGUAGGCAGGCGGAAAGAGAUGCGGAAGACAGAGGAACGGGAGAAAUGGGUACAGGGUGUCGUCACUGCGCUUUGGGACGAGCUGGUUGCCACGAGAAACUCACCAGGGGCCGGCAGCUCCUUGGUGCCUCGGCCGGCAGCUGAUUGGAGAGAUGAGGUGGGUGAGAUUAAUGUUGCACUCGACUACAUUGAGCAGAGGGUGCGGCUCGUGAAAGAGAGUCUGAAGGAGCUUGACUAG